AUGCUGCGGAGGUUCUCCUUCCUCUGGUCCAAUGCCCUCCACAACCCCAGCCCCUUUCUCGACGGGGCUCUGCAGUUGAUAAAGCUGCAUCUUGCUCACAAGAACGCCGCAACAGACGGCAACAUUAAGGCAUGCCGCGCCAUUGAGAGUGAAUUUCUGCGAGAAGUGGAGACAUUUCGGCCGUGUUUCACAGUGUCUUCCUCACUGACUGUGACAAAACUUUAUACUAAGAAGUUGCACAGUGCCUUGUCAUACUUUCGUCUUCAUGAUGAUCCUCUCAUGCGUCAGCUUGACCUCAUUAUCGGGAAGCAAAGCAUGCGUCGAAACUCGGGGUGCCAAGCUGGCAUAUUUAAGGCGCCAAUGAGCACCCAGCAGAAUGCGUUUUCUUCACUGGAGGAAAGAGAGGAAACGGUGCUACCGACGGAGCUUCCAAAUCCACCCAAGCCGGAUUCCUUCACGCCGCUCCGUGAGGGGGCAUUGCGGAUGCCGGUGCGCCACCGUGGACACUGGGUGCUGCGCGACCCAGAGAUUGCUAUCACACGGGAGGAGCGGCGAAGUGAUCCUUGGUAG